AUGUCACGCGCUCAAAAUGGAUGUCGGGGCGGUGGUCGUGGAACCAAGGAACCACUCCUCAUUGACGCGGUCAUUGGCAAGGUGGUUAAACGCAACCAUCGGAACCUCUCCGCCGCCUGGAUAGACUAUAAAAAGGCAUUCGACUCGGUGCCUCAUACAUGGCUUAAGAGGGUCCUCGAGCUGUAUAAGGUCAAUUGUACUGUUCGAGACGUCCUCGGGCGGUGUAUGGGGCAGUGGAGUACGAUCCUUUGUCAUCUAGGCGAGCGGAUGACGGCUGCGGAGAACCACAUAAGGAUACGAAGGGGUAUCUUCCAGGGCGAUUGUUUGAGUCCAAUCUGGUUCUGCCUCUCUCUGAACCCUCUUAGUACCUUACUGGAGGGCUCCGGAAGGGGAUUUCAACUUCGGAAAGGAGGUACAAAAGUGACCCAUCUUUUCUAUAUGGAUGAUCUCAAGUUAUUCGCCUCCAGUCGCUCUCAUCUUAUGGAAUUGCUAAACAUCACUUGUGAGUUUAGCAAUUCUAUUAGAAUGGAGCUGGGGACGUAUAAGUGUGCGGUCCUCCAUGUUGAAAGGGGAAGGGUUGCUAACUCUGAGGGCAUAGACUUAUCUAUGCCCAUCAACAUAAGGACCCAUUCCGAGGCUGAAACAUACCGAUACCUGGAUAUGUCACAGAUCAUCGGUGUAGAUGAGGCGGGUAUGAAACAGUCAGUUUGCGAUGUGUUUUAUGCACGGUUGACCAAAGUGCUUAACAGCCUUUUGUCCGGUGCGAAUAAGACGCACGCAUAUAACGGUUCUAUCAUGCCUGUUCUCAUGUAUACCUUUGGCAUGCUCAGGUGGACUCAGACCGAUCUGAACGCUCUGGACAGAAAACACAUUGCUAACUUGCAAUUCAAGGGCGGUUUUAAACCUAUAAUGACUUAUAAAAAUAAAAAAUUCUCCCGUACUGAAGCAGCUGAUGCAUUUGCGCACUAUUUUUCAAGUGUAUUCCUACCAAAUAACCCCAUUCUAGAUCCCAAUCAAGUAUGUACCGCUAACAUCGUACCACAUGGAGGAUAUGUAAACAUACGCAACUUUACAUUAUCAGAAGUCAAAGCAGCUGAACAAAAUCUCGAACAAGGUUUCUGUGAUAUUUCAUCUAACUCUUGUGAGAAUAUAAAGUCAAACCAAAAGUUUUUGUUUUAUGACGUUAAUCCUCCAGAAGGCUUUAAUUUACGAAGAGAUGUGUACAUGAGGUUUGCAAUAAUGUUGGCUGAAGCCCAAAAGAUUGGUAAAGGAUUUAGUUGGCGUCUCGUUUUACCGCCAUGGCAUCGAUUGUACCACUGGAAGUCUGAGACUUCUGCAAGCACUCCAAUUCCAUGGAGUGUGUUUUUUGAUAUUGAUUCACUGAAAUCAUACGCUCCAGUUGUAGAGCUUCACGAGGUGUUUUCCAAAACGACGGAUGAGUUGCUAGAAAUAGAUCGUCUAUAUGUUUUGCAUAACUUCGAGGAUGCUUUCGAAAAUGGUGUGUUUAAAGAAAAAUGGGAGAUCACACAGGAUUGUAAUUAUGUUGAUCGGUUUUGGGGAUACAGAAAUGUGACUGUAAAGGAGAUAGUAUGUGUAAAGUUUCAAGGGAAAAUAUCUAAGUUAUGGGAGUUGGUAGCUCUACAUCCACUAGACAGAAGUGUCAUGUUUUCGCAUGGUGAAAUACCAUUACACGACUCUUACGGUACAAAGUCAUACUGGGACUGUAGGAAAAGUAUGAAGUUCAAUAAGGAUUUAACUAGAACUGCCAAAAACUUCAUAUCACAAUUCUUAAGCUGUAAAACAGAGAAGUGCUCAACAUACAUAAGUAUACACUGGAGAAGACAAGAUUUUGCCCGUAGUAGACAACGGGAUAUCCCUUCACUGCAAGGCACAAUCAAACAAAUACAUAAAGCUAUAGAAAAUUAUGUCCCAAACAUAGAAAAAGUUUUUAUUGCAUCUGAUGCAUCGACUACAGAAAUUAAAGAGUUGGAAAGGGGACUCCAAGUAUUAGGAUAUAAAGUAUAUUAUUAUGUACCUAGUAAAUCAGACUUGGCUCGCUACAAAGAUGGUGGCGUAGCAAUCAUAGAUCAAAUAAUUUGCUCACAUGCAGCUUACUUUAUUGGCACACAUGAGAGCACUUUUACUUACCGGAUACAAGAAGAACGGGAAAUACUUGGCUUCAACAGCAGCACAACUUUUAACAGGCUAUGUCCUCACACUGGAAAAUGUGAGAAACCUUCCAUGUGGACAAUAGUUAACUGA